UUUAUUAUAAUUUAAAAAAAAAAAUCUUAUUAAACUUUGUUUUGAUUUUAAUUGUAUUAACAUUUGUUGCGUUUUAAAUAAUGUCGAGUGAACAAAAUACAGGUCAAGUUAUACCAACUUGGAUUAAAGCAUCAUUAUUUGAACCAGUUUUUAAAGAAAUUUGUAGUAAUUUUCAACAAAUUAAAGAUUUUCAAGCCAAACCUGCCCUAAGUGUUGGUGAGAAUUAUGCCAGUGUAAUGCUGCGAUUGGAAGCGGAAAUUGAAUUAAAAGAUGGCUCCUGCAAAUUUAUAACAUUGAUGUUAAAAACAGACCACGAUAAUGAAUUGGUUAAAGAGACGAUGAAAAAUAGAAAUUUAUUUGAAGCCGAACAAUAUAUGUAUCGAGAAGUAGUGCCAGAAUUUGAACAAAUGUAUAUGGAUGCUGGUGUCGAGAUACAAUUUGCACCCAAAUCCUACGAAAUAGCCACUGAACAUUCGUAUAUACUUUUAGAAGAUCUGAAACCUAAAGGUUAUACAAAUGUCAACCGUUUGGAAGGUUUCGAUAUACAACAUACGCAAGAGGUGCUAAAAUUAUUGGCACAGUGGCAUGCCGCUUCAGCUGUACUUAUUGCAGGAAAUAGAAAAUACAAGACGAUAUUGUUUAAAAAUUUCUUUCACGAGGAAAAUCGUGAACUAAUGCAUAACAUAUUUGACAAGAUGACAGAGACCUUUCUAGACUGUGCCAAAUCUUAUGAUGGCAAUGAAUUGUAUUUUGAACGAUUAUGUCAACACAAAGAUGCUAUAGCAGAUGAAAUGUUUGAGGCUAAUAAACUGGAUGAAAAUGAAUUUAAUGUUGUGAAUCAUGGAGAUUGUUGGUCAAAUAAUAUCAUGUUCAAACAUGAUGAAUUGGGUAAUAUUGUUGACACCUUUUUAGUGGACUAUCAAGUGCCACAUAUUGGUACACCUGCCCAGGAUUUAUAUUAUUUGCUGUUAUCCUCAACACGAUAUGAAUUAAAAAUAGAAAAAUUCGAUUAUUUUAUCAAAUAUUAUCAUGAUUGUUUGAUAGAAAAUUUAACAUUGUUAAAGUAUUCCCAAAAGUUGCCCACAUUAAAGGAUCUACAUAUUACAUUGCAUAAAUAUAAUGCAUGGGCAUAUAAUGUCGGCAUUGGUAUUAUGGCAGCAGUACUUCUAGAUCCCAGUGAAAAUGCGAAGAUCGAUAAUUACUUAAGUGAUUCGGAUGAAGCUGUUCAAUUUAAAAUUCAAUUGUAUUCAAAUCCUCGUUAUCGCAAACACAUGGAAAUGGUUUUACCUUGGUUAUGUUAUCGUGGAGUUUUUUAA